AAUCCCUGCAGUCUGAACUCCAGUUUAAAGAUGCAGAAAUGAAUGAAUUAAGGACAAAACUUCAAAAUAGUGAACGAGCAAAUAAAUUGGCUUCUCCCUCCAUUUCCCAUGUCAGUCCUAGGAAAAACCCUUCUGUGGUAGUAAAGCCAGAAGCAUGUUCGCCACAGUUUGGAAGAACACCUUUUCCUACAAAGGAGUCUUUUAAUGCCAACAUGUCUAUUCCUCAUCAAUGCCAAACAGAGCAAAGAUACAAAUCUGUGAGCAGACAGGAUAAGACCCAGGGUCUGAGAAUGGACCCCAUAAAGCUAGAAGCACAGCAGGAAAGACUUGCUGACAGCUUGUUGCAGAGAUCAAACAUUCAAGGUUCCAUUUUGAUAAACCUGCUCCUGAAGCAGCCUUUGGUCCCAGGAUCCUCCUUAGGUCUUUGCUACCUCUUGAGCAGUUGUUCAGAGACUCCCACUGGCACCUUCAUGAAGCCACCAGGGCUUGGCAAUACCCUGGCCAGGAUCUCAGGCCUCAGGACCCCUGGGGGCCCCAGUGGGUCCUUUUCUCCCUCUAUCCUGAGAGAGGCCCAGAGUCUAGCCUUCGCUGGAUUGAAUCUAAUUGCCAGAAACGAAGACUCCCCAGAUGACAGCUCAGCCGAGGAAAGCCAAAGGGCCUUUCCACUCUGCCAACUGCCAGGCGCCAUCUACCUCCUGCCCCUGGUGCAUUUCUUCCUCACUUUGCACUGCCAGGCAUUGCAGGAUGUAGCAGCGGCUAGGAGGAGCGGGGUGCCUGGAGAUUCUCCGACACGUGUCCCUUGUGCAAGGAGUUCGGGUGGAGAGGCCAGCCCCGAGGACUUGAUGGGCAGCGUGGAAGGCUUGUGUGUGGUCUCCCUGAGCAUCCUCCACCAUCUCGUGUGCCACAGCCGCGCCGUCGUCUGUCUGUUACUCUCAGGAAUGGGGGAAGGAAACGGGAGUUGGGUUCACAGACUGAGCUGUGCAGAUAUGACCUCAGCCCCCAGGGGGUCAGCCGACCACUCAGGACAGCACCCACUCUUGAAGAUCCUUCUCCACCUGGUGACCUUCUCCUCCACACCAGCAGGUUCCUUGCAAGUCAGUGUCCUGAGCAAGUGUCUCAAGGUUUUGGUGAAAUUAGCCGAAAACGCUUCCUCUGAUUGCUUACCCAGAUUACAAUGUGUGUUACCAGUGCUGCCACCCUGCCUCAGCCCCCAGACGCCUUUGCCUUGUGUGCUGCUGGCCGUUGAGCUGCUCUCCCAGAUUGCAGACAGUGACGGCCUCGUGCAACAGUUCUGUUCCCAUUCUGACCGCUGUCUUCUACUGCUACUGUACUCAUACAUUACCUCAAAGCCUGACAAAGCUGCCUCACAGACACAGUGGCUUCAGUUGGAACAAGAGACAGUCUGGCUCUUGGCCAAGCUGGGUAUGCAGACCUCUUGCUCCCCUUUUACUGGGUCUGACUGUCAAUGCAGUGUGGAGGUGGUCAGAGCUCUGACGGUGGUGCUGCACCGACAGUGGCUGACCGUGCGGAGGACGGGGGCAGCCUUCAAGACUAACCAGCAGAAGCGGACCGUGCGCUGUCUCCGGGACGCUGUGUUGCUGCUACACAGCCUGUCCCAGAAGGACAAGCUGUUUUCUGUGCACUGCGUGGAGGUCCUGCAUCAGUAUGACCAAGUGAUGCCAGGGGUCAGCACGCUUAUCCGAGCCCUUCCGGAUGUCACCGACUGUGAAGAGGCAGCCCUGGAUGACCUCUGUGCUACUGAGGCAGACAUGGAGGACAUGGAGAUGGAUUGUGCCUGAGGGGCCGUGCAUCCUGCCACACGGGGGCAUCAGUGCGUCGGCUCUCUUCACUUCCUCCCUGCCCUCCCCCC